AUGAAUCGCUCAAUCCUGCGUGCUGCUGCACACUCGCUCCAGGCUGGUCGCACGAUCGCUGGGCGCCGAUAUGCGUCGUCCGCGGUGUUCAACUGGGAGGAUCCUCUCGCCGCGGAGGAGCUGUACACGGAGGAGGAGCGGGCCAUUCAGGACACAGCACGGCAAUACUGCCAGGACCGAUUGAUGCCACGAGUUCUAGAGGCCUACCGCAACGAAGAUUACGACCGCAAGAUUUUAGAGGAGAUGGGCGAGCUGGGUCUCCUGGGUGCCUCCAUUGAGGGAUACGAGUGUGCCGGCGUGAGCACCGUGGCAUCGGGCCUGAUCACCAAGGAGGUGGAGCGGGUCGACUCUGGAUACCGCUCCGGCAUGUCGGUGCAGAGCUCGUUGGCGAUGACAGGCAUCUACGAGUUCGGCACAGAGGAGCAGAAGCAGCGGUUCCUGCCCGGGCUGGCCAAAGGCAAGCUGGCUGGCUGUUUUGGCCUGACCGAGCCAAAUCACGGCUCCGACCCUGGCUCCAUGGAGACCGUGGCUCGCGAACACCCGACGCAGAAGGGCAUGUACCUGUUGACCGGCAGCAAGACCUGGAUCACCAACUCGCCCAUCUCGGACCUCGCCCUGGUGUGGGCCAAACUCGAGUCGACCGGCAAGAUCCGCGGCUUCAUUGUCGAGCGCUCGCGCUGCCCGCCGGGCACCUUCGAGACGCCGGCGAUCAAGAACAAGACGGCCCUUCGCGCGUCCAUCACCGGAAUGAUUCAGAUGGACGACUGUCCUGUCCCUGCGGAGAACAUGUUCCCAGAGGUGGAGGGCUUGAAGGGCCCGUUCACGUGUCUGAAUAGCGCCCGGCUGGGUAUUGCCUUUGGCGCCAUGGGCGCUCUGGAGGACUGCCUGGCCCGCGCGCGCGAAUACAGCCUCGAGCGCAAACAGUUCAAGGGCAACCCGCUUGCCAAGUACCAGCUGAUCCAGAAGAAGCUGGCGGAUGCCGCUACGGAUGCGGCCUACGGCACGCUGGCAGCGGUCCAGGUGGCCCGUCUCAAAGAUGCGGGUAAGGCCACACCAGAGAUGAUCUCGAUGAUCAAGCGGCAGAACUGCGACCGAGCGCUAGCCAACUCACGAAUUCUCCAAGAAGUGUUUGGUGGCAAUGCUGCUAGUGACGAGUAUCACAUCGGCCGCCAUGUGGCUAAUUUGUUCGUGGUGCAAACAUACGAGGGCCAGAGCGAUAUCCACGCGUUGAUUCUGGGCCGCGCGAUCACAGGCAAACAGGCUUUUGUUUGA